CGUAGACAACACAAAGUGUCCAAUAGCAUCAGGAAGAACACAAAGGCACUUCUCCCCCAAACCCAAAAAGAGGUGAAUGGAAAACCCCAUUGGCAGAAUCCUUGAACAUUGGCUAGUCUACCAUCCAAACAUUCUAAAUUUCACAUGGAACCCUCCUCACACUCCAGCCUCAUCCCUUUUAUUCCUCUCUCUUUCCAUAGCCUCUUAUCUCUCCCUCACUCUCCUUCUCCUCUUCCCUCUCCCACCCAUUCCACCUCACUUCCUCAAACCCUUCACCGCACUCCACAACCUCAUCCUCUCCAUCCUCUCCCUCAUUAUGGCUAUUGGCACCUCCCUCACCAUCCUAACUCACACCCCCAACCUCCGCUCCACCACCAUAUGUUUCCCUCCUCAUACCCCUCCAAAUGGUCCCCUCUUCUUUUGGGCCUACAUCUUCUACCUCUCAAAAUAUCUUGAAUUCAUUGACACUCUCUUCAUCAUCCUAUCAAGAUCCAUCAAACGCCUCUCAUUCCUCCACGUGUACCAUCAUUCAACCGUCCCAGUCAUGUGUUAUCUAUGGCUUAAUUCUUCUCAAUCACUCUUCCCUAUUGCACUUCUUACCAACUCAUCCGUCCACGUCAUCAUGUACUCUUACUACUUCCUCACCACCGUUGGAAUCCGACCGCCUUGGAAACGCGUCGUUACCGACUGCCAGAUUGUUCAGUUCGUGUUCAGCUUCGCCGUCUCCGGUCUCAUGCUUUAUUAUCACUUCGGAUCCGAUGGUGGUGGAUGCUGUGGGAUGAAGGCUUGGUGUUUCAAUGCUGUUUUUAAUGCUUCUCUUUUGGCUCUUUUUCUUGAUUUUCAUCUCAAGAGUUAUGCUAAUUCUAAGAACAAGAAACGUACUACGGAUAAAGACUCGUGACGUUCAUGUCAUUAUCAUCGUCACUCUUUGUUGGCUGUUGUUGGUCUUUAAUAACAUGUAAGAAAUUCACAUUGCUAUCUAUCUAUCUAUUUGUUUUUUACAACUUAGUUGUUCAACAAUUAUACAAUGCUCAACCAAUACUUUAUUUGAUUGUUGUUUUUUA